CCGAAAGCAUUUCAUAUCAGACAGCAACCACCAUCCACAGCAAAUUUAUUCUUCCCAGUUAUCACUCUCAAUUGCGUGUAAUACGCAAAGCAGGCGUUAGCAGUAUCUAGUUACGCUCUCAAUCACCGAACACAACUCAGGCCGUCUUCAAUGGGUUCCAGAUCGGACCAUCCUGAGCUCUCCUACCACUGUACUACAGACCGCCAACAGACCGCAGGACUUUCUCUCGCUUCGCAAUGUUAGCAAAACAGUCGGUCCUCGAGCCUAGGACCUAUCGGUAUCCCUAUCCAGUUAGAUCCAUCUACGCUCGAGAUAGAUCCAGAGUGGCCAAUUCAAUGGAUCAAGGAGUAUACAGAGGUUGCUGAGUCCUUGCAGGAAGCACAACCAGGUUGAUUUGGGACUCUUGGCUCCACAGAAUUUGAGGCGAUUGUGGGCAAGAUCAACGCGAAGGAUCUCCUUCUCUGUCUCGUUAUUGGAAGCACGAGACGUUGACGCUACGAAAUGUUGGGGAAAUAAAGGAAGGGGAUUAACACCGUACGACGGUGGAAGUUGCGAAAUUUUCGAGUGUACUAGCUCUUUCGUAGAGCUAUGUAAAGUUGGAUUAUAGGGGCUUCGUUCAAGAAUAGGGCUACACCGACAAUUUCAGUCUGACUUUCGUCAAGGCUGUACGAGAUCUAUUCAAAUCAGCAUUGCACCAAGCUCAUCAUAUCAUUCCGUUCGCGAACCGGGACUCGGGUAUCAGUUGUCAAUGCCAACUACUGCCUUCAUCAAGCCCCGCUACUACCGACAACUUAUAGUCCGUACGUGUGGCACUUGCCAGAAUCGACUACUGGAGGUGUCGAGGAACCGGUACCCUCAUGGUGAACGUUUAUGCGGUGUUCCUUGUACCGAUGAAAUCAUCUCCAACGCUCUUUAUUGAAUGAUGAAGUUCAUUCAAGUGCACAGCUCACUUUGCACCUUGCUGAGCACUGUCCUUUCUUUGAAAUUUAGGAGACUGAGGAAUCAUUGAUUUUCCAGAGAAAGUAGGGAUGGCAUCUUUAGUCUUUGGUCUUUCGGGAUAAUAAUACCAGCAACAUAUUGAGCAUUAUUAUUGAAUGGCAAUUAUGUAUGUGAUGAACAAGAACAAUCGGACCUGGCACCCUGUUCCGAUUGUUCAGUGCCUAUGGAAAGCGGUGCCUAUUCUGGCGCGUGACAGUCACGUCUGAGGUAACUCCAGUCCUUACCGUCACCAUCGACGGCGGAGUCAACAGCUUCCAUUCCCUUUGCUCACCCUACGAACCCCUUUAAUCUCUAAAUUUUCUUUCUCAUAUCGACGCUGGACGUGCUCUUUCAGCGAAUCCUGUCAUAAUGGGCCAAACCUCGUCCACGACUCGUGCCGUCGAAAAGAGGAACUCUCACCCGGAAAGAGGCAACAGUCAAGAAUCUGGCUCUUCGCCUAUACCAUCUACCAGAAGAAGACAGCCUACAAAAAGGCGAUCCGCCGUUCGCAGAAGUAUCGCUAAUUUUGUUAAACCUGCAUCCCGGGACAAUAGCCCUGCUGGCACGAGUGGAAUUACUGCCGGGAAACGGAGGUCAUGGUUAAAGUCGAGGAGAUGGUCAAAGGCCCCUGCGGAACACGUAGUUCAGCCAGAAGUAGAGGAAAUGGUAGCCGGGCAAUCCGAAGCCGCAGCAGGUAGUGCAACUAGCGGUGCACUGAUUCCUGCCAUAGGCCCCAAAGAGACGGAUACGACGACCGCGGCCACAUCUCUGGCUAUACCAAUACCUUCACCUCUCGAAGUGCAACAGCAUCAGGAACAAAAUUCCUCUGUCUCAAACUCGACUGAGCCGCUACAGCAUUCUGAUUCGAUAACACCAGGUGCAGGUGACCCUUCAUCGAUAUCUCAAAAUAGAGAAGUCAUGGAAUCUUCUAACGCUGAACAUCGUUCUGACUCGGGGCUAACUGAAAGCCAAUCAUCUUCCACUGCAAACACCGACUCACCCCAGAAUCGUGCUUAUGAGGAUGUAUCGCUUUUGGCUAGCCCGGCUGACUCAGAAUCCGCCCGGGAAAUUCCACAUACAGAAGAGAGAUUUCUUACGCCUCAAGAAUUUGUAAACGAACCCGAGAGCACCCAUUCCUUACAGCCAUUACCAUCUUCUCCUCAAGUCCCCCGCGCCCACACUCCCACUCCCACUCCCACUCCCACUGCCAACCCCAAUUCACUUCCCCAAAAUCGACCAUUUCCACCUCCCGGUACACUGGUCGUGGUGCAAGGUGUUGUCCAUACCACAGAUGUACCUCGACCAAUCUCGACCUCUCCAUCCUUUUCACCACUUUCGAACUCCUUCCCAUCAAACUCAGAUCAUGAUCAUGAUCCACAACAAACACAAUCUCAGUCAGGAUCCCAACUUCAGUCACGUUCAAGUGAGUUCGGCCUCGGAUCUCGAAUUCGAAGGUCUGUUUCAAGUGCCUCGCGGCCCAGGUCCGAAAUCGGAUCCUCUGCACGGAAUAGACUCUCCGCUUUGUUUAGCGGCUCUAGACCUGGAGCUAUUGUUAGUGGGAGUCCCUCUUCGCCGACGAGCACUAUGGAAUUGGACGAAGCGACAUCGACGGAUACACCUACUACAUCGUCUUCCGCGGACGCAUCCGUAUCAAGAGUAGCCGCUGACACUUCUGACACCGAUCCUAGUGUUGACGUAAGUUCUUCGUCCGCUAGUUCUUCUGCUGUUGGGAGCUCGGAACGGGCAGAUCCCGAGUCUGAUACCACUACUGUUGUGUCACAACCUUCAGAGGGUGUAUCUGGUUCGAACGCGGGUCAGCAGACCUCACGAACAGAUCAAUCUCAACCUUCUUCGCCAUCAUCGGGAAUGAUUUCAUCUAGUAGUAUCGAUGUUCUGGGUACGCUGUUGAGUGUCGCGGCGGCGGCUACAGCAGCAUCUUUGCUCACAGGUUCAUCCGACCCAAUACUUACACCGCCAAUCUCAUCUCCUGAUGCACCUCGAGCAACAUCACCCUCCGGUACUGGCUUUGGAGCAGAUCCCUUCAACGGUGCCGUUGGAAGUUUAGGUAGUUUGAGCGGCUUCGGUACAGGCAGUCCUGGCAUUGGUGCCAGCGGACCAGCUGAUCGAAUGCGGCAAGCUUGGGGAAACAUAAGAGAAAGGUUGGGGUUGAGGUCUAAUUCAUCGUCUGUGUCUUUAGGAAGCGACCUUUCUGCUGACCCUAGUGGUGAUUUUAUUGGUGGCCGAGAUGAAGAUGUUCCCUUGCUGUCCGAUAUCGAUGGUCGACGCUCAGAAGUUGAAAACGCUACGCAACGGCCAGAGCCGCGAGCGCCCCGAGAUAGGAUGUUAGCAGAGAUGGCUCGGGCGUUCCAGUUGGGCCUUGGGUUGAAUGGACCUCCGAUUGGGGGAGAACAUACCAAUGGACCUGGAUCCAGAACGGAGACUUCCCUUGGAGAUCCUGACCCAGUUGGGUUCGGAGUAGGACGAACAGGGAUCGGUGAGUUGCCUCCUGAAGGUAGCUUCGAAAGGUUCUUGGUGGACUUGCAAACGGAUCUGAGGGCCGCUCUAGGAGGUGGGCCUCAGCAGCAGCAGCAGCAAGGACCUGAUGAGCAGGAGCAAGGACCUGAGAAUGAUGAACAAGCGGUUAUUCGCAGACAAGGGAAUAGGGAGAAUGAUAUUGAUGAGCUAUUUAGGCUAAUCGCGGAGGCAGAAGCCGAGGUCAGGCAACGACAACGAAUGAUAGCGGAGAGACAGGCCGCGCUUCGUGCGUUGGUGUCGGGAGCCUCAGCUGCGCUAGCGGAAAACGCUUCGAACAAUACGCAAUCAUCAUCGUCAUCCCCACCGUCAGCAGCAGAUCGUCGUGCAGGAGUGGAGACAUUCCCAGACAGUGACGAGGAGACCUGUGCCUCGUUACCGAUGCUUGAAGAUGUCACAGAUGAUUCUGAUUCCGAAGACGAGGCUCCUGUAAGAACUCCAGUGGCCAGCACGAGUGGCAGUCGCGAGACGGAGAGAACUGAAGCAAGUCUGUCCCGAUUGUCGUCUAUGUUUGAUCACCAACCUUCGAGUGCACGGGGUGUCAAUAGUAUAAGUGAGGCCCUCAAUCGAAGAAGGGCCAUGGGAAUUGGACGAACGCCUCCUACUUUGCAUGUUGCAGAGACUGCAGGUCCCGCCGUCUUACCCCCACUCGAACCUCCCAGGGAAGUGUCCAUCCCUUUACCAAUGCCAUCUGAACAGGCCUCAACUUCGAAUACAAUACAACUACCAAACUCGCCAAGGGUUGAGGUAUCGUUACCCGAACCUGAUCUCACCUCGUUAACAUCCGCGAAUGAUGUAGCGUCCGGUACAAAUGCCGCUGGAGAUACCACAAGAGCUGCUCCAACAACCUUACCUACUUCUGAACCCUCAAAUAACACCACGCGUUCCCAGGCUGGUAGUCGAAAUGCGAUCGAUGAUGGGACUGGACGAAUCAAUUGGUGGAGAUUGUAUCGGUUCCCACCGAUUGCUACUCCUCCGCCCAGAGUGACUGGACAAGCACGGGGAACCAAUACAGCAACACCGAUGCAUGUUCCUACGUCAUCAAAUCCUUCUCCUUCCCCUCUCCAAGACUCGGCCUCUCUUCAACCCAAUGUGACUUCAGUCGCUCAAUCGUCGACCUCGUCACCCACAGUUCCUGUCACUUCCUCUGAUUCCCCACAGCCCUCAACACCUGAGAAUGGAAAUCAACCUCAGCAAGCUGCUUCGAACACCGUUGUUCCAGUCAUUGUUGUCGGUUUACAGUCCGUCAAUCUAGCUUUUUUCGGUCCCAGUGCUGGACCGCAACAGCACGUCGGCAAUGAUACGCAGGCUACCACCGCCACCGCUCCGCCUCUUCCUGUUCCUACCCAAAAUGAGGAAGAGGUGCUGUCCGGACCUGGUGGAGAGCAAGACGACCCCACUAGGGAGAACCGCCAAAGACGAUGGCAAUCUCGUGCUGCUGAAGCUCUUCGAACCUUGAGACAUGGACGAAAUACCUCCCCGAGACCUCCAAGUGGACUGCUCCCAGAUAUGUUGGAUGGUCCCGGAUCUAGGACGUUCUUGAUAUACGUCAUUGGCGGAUAUUAUCCUCCAGACCAUAACAUCGUCACUGGCGACCCUGAUACUCUCGAUUCCUUUGAGGCACUUCUAGACCUCGCAGACCUUCUAGGUCAAGUGAGGCCACCAACAGCUUCCAAAGAAGAUAUCGAACGGUCGGGAUUGGAAGUGAUCAAAGCACCUCAAGUACCAAAAUAUGAGCAGGAAGGAAAGAUUUCAUCUAAUUGUACUGAACGGUGUCUGAUCUGUCUGGACGAGUACCAAGCAGAGGAUGACGUCCGCGUCUUGACAUGCAAACACGCUUUCCACAUGAACUGUGUUGACAAGUGGUUGCAGGAAGGCAAAAACAAUUGCCCAGCUUGUCGUGGCACAGGUGUUGUUACUAGCCCAUAGCACCGCAUCACCCAAACUUUCGUACUAUCAACCUCAACUCCCAAGGACUGACUGGAACAAACUGUCGUUUUACCUAGACGUCUUCAGCCGCGAUAUAAUUUUUUCCCAACACUUUACUCUAACCUACGAACUCUGCAAUUUCACAUCUGUCCAUCUGAUGCACUGCACUUUCCUUCUCUUUCUUUUUCUUACAGUAUUUCUGAGCUAUCUUGUCGUUCCGUUUCCGUGUUCCCCAUACUGCGCUUUCCAUCAUGUCUGCUGUACCGUACGUUGAGUUAUCUACGAGAACGAGUAAAGUUACUAUUUCUCUCUUCUUCAUCCCAUUCGGCACGUCACACCUUUAAGCACACAUAUCCGGGGUAAGGGUGUCACCCCUCGAGAGUCGAAACUGUUGCACAUGUUCAUUUCCUCCUGCAGGCUAUCAUAUCCAUCCUCAUCCAUGUUGUCUUCAGACCAUAUAAACCCGCUCCGUUCCCGCUCCUUCCAAAGUAAUGCUAUAUCGUGAACAAGCCUCGCUGUGCGUUGAAUGAAAUUCCACG